AUGGAUGACACGGACACACAUUUAUUGAACUUUAAAGGCUAUAAUUGCAGUGCUAUAAUUAAUGUUGACUUCCUAGAAAAUAUAGAUGAUUUUGAAACCCGAGAUGAUGAUGUCUUUGUAAUUACAUAUCCAAAAUCUGGUACCAUCUGGGCUCAGCAGAUAUUAAGCCUGAUUUAUUUUGGGAGACAUCGUAACAGAACUGAAAUUGUGGAAACACUUCAUAGAGUCCCCUUCCUGGAAUACAGUCUACGAACAAUAGACCAUGACAAGAGACCAUCCCCUUGCAUCUUCUCUUCCCACAUACCAUAUUAUUUAGCACCAAAACGUCUCAAGAACAAAAAAGCUAAAAUUAUUUACAUCUACAGAAACCCCAAGGAUGUUUUGAUCUCACUUUUUCAUUUUUCAAAUUUGGUGGUUACCUUAGAAGCUCCAGAUAAUAUGGAACAUUUCAUGGAAAAGUUUCUAGAUGGAAAGGUGUUAACAAGCCUUUGGUUUGAUCACAUCAGAGGCUAGUAUGAAUACAGACAUGACUUCAAUAUUCUGUUCAUGAUGUAUGAGGAGAUGGAAAAGGAUGUUAGAAGUUCUGUGCUUAAAGUCAGCAGUUUUCUUGAGAAAGAACUGAGUGAAGAAGACGUGGAUGCUAUUGUGAACCAGGCUACAUUUCAGAACAUGAAAGCUGAUCCACGAGCUAAUUAUGAUCAUAUUCUGACAAGUGAAAUCAGGAGAAGAACAAACGAGGGACAUUUCCUGCACAAAGGUACCAUCGGAGACUGGAAAAAUCAUUUAACUGUGGAGCAAAAUGAGAAAUUUGACAGAAUAUUUCAAAGGAAGAUGAAAGGCUGUCCCUUGAAGUUCAUCUGGGAUGUAAAUGAGGAGUAA